UUGCCAGAACAUCACUUGCACAGCUGGUUCUUAACAGCUUGGAAAUCUCGAUACCUUGGGGCAAUUGGAUACCUACACCCUUAAUCUUCAGUCAUGCAGUCCCUUUGCAUUCUAAUUCUGAUGAUGGUGGCAAUGGCACCGUUUUCUGAUGCCCACCAAAGACCCAGUACAUUCUCAGGAGAAAGCCAAAGACCAAAAAUUGUUUCGGAUACCCACAGAGCCAAUGUAACAGCAAAAACGUCCCCAAGUAAUAAAGUUACAGCAAAAUCAGCGCGGAGCGAUUACCCGCACCAUGGUUAUGAGCACCAUUAUCCUCACCAUUACGGACAUCUAGGAGGAUUUGGUCACUACAAGGAUUUGGACCAUUACCUCCUGCCUGUACUGAUGGUUUUGGGAUUAGGAGCCCUACUUAUGCCUCUUCUAAGUGUUCUCAUGACGACCAUGGUUGGUAACGUACCAGUAACCACUUUGGUAUCAGGACGCAAAAAGAGAGAAGCAUCACAUGUUAAGAAGAUAGAGGAGACUAUUCAAGAAAUUUGGAAGAAAGUUGGACGAGCUAUUGAAGUAUUUAACCAGUAAGAAGAAACUUAAAGAACAAUAUUAGAACCUCAGAGGGUUGGCUUUUUGUGAUAUCAGCAUACAGUGCAGUUAAAAAAGAGUUAUAUCAAAGGAUUCUUUUCAUGAUGUUAAUAUAACGAUUAACAUCUAUUUAUAGAUUUUAAUUACAUCAGCCUUUCUGUUAUUUUCGAUUAAUGUAAAUCUCUGCGUCUUUAGUUUUAGUUACUAUACUAAGUCGAUUAACACUCGGAAAACAUUCCCUAGCUUAGGCACUAUUAAAUGUAAUUUAUGUAUACAGUAGUUUUAGAAGUUUCUGAAGAAGGAGGCGGCUCAUUAUAUUGAAUAAUUUUAGAAAUUACAUGUACAGUUUUAGGAUAACGUAUAUGUAUAUUAUGUAUCGAAACGUUUGAUGGUUUUUAGUUGCAAAAAAAUAGGGUCUUUAUAUUUUUGAUGAACUGUUGAUAUUUAAAAUUGUAUUUAACAUUUUUCAUUUUUGUUCCAUGUACAUUAUAAUUUUAAGCACUUGAAUGCAUUCUUAAAGAAUAUAAUGCUAUUUUAAUUGUGACAUAGAAUUUUUAUUCUGAUUGGAAGAAGGAUUUGAGAUUUUACGUGUUAUUUAAAACAUUUUCACUAUUAUUUUUAAGAAUUUUCAUUCUGAUUGAAAGAAGGAUUUGAGAUUUUACCCGUUAUUUAAAAUGUUUUCACUAUGAUUAUUACUUCUAGUGGAGAUGCAUAUAUCCCACUGAUAGUAAAAAAAGUUAAAUAUUUAAAAAAACUUGUCAUAAUGAUUUAAAUUUAAAAAGCAAUUAUUUAGAAAUUUAAAAAAGAUGGCUUUUGUUUUAAUUCAUAAUAACUCAUUAGGUUUUUAGCCCAAAUUGGUAGGAUUUUGCUUUGAAUCAUUAUAAAAGUCUAAAUCCCUUUUCAAAUUGUUGCUACCAAAUAUUAUCCUUUUAUAUUAUAUUUCCAGAAAUUAAAUAAGGAAAAAUGUAUAUGAAUAUAUGUAAGCUUCUCGCAUUGUGAAAAAAAAACGGUACCUACAGCCAUCAAAUUUUGAAUAAUGUAGUCCUCUACCCGAUACAUGCGAUACAUGCACAUCAAUUUUAAAUUUCGAAUUUGUUUUAUUAUCUAUUUCAUGUUUCGUAAAAUUUUAACAAAUUUUUAUUUAACUAACUCAACGAUUUCAAAAUGAGCAGUGGCUACACUGUACGGAAUAAA